AUGCCACCGCGACCGCGUGGCUCUCCUGAUGCAGAAUGCUGCGGUCGCUGGAUGAUGACCGUUUGCGCACCUUGUAUCCUGGUCAAGCUCAUGAGACUCGUGACACAACGCAUCGCGUUCAAUAGGGAAUGGACUGCACGCUACGACCCAUCAAUCAGCAGGCUAUGCCUGCGUUGCGCUCAGCUCCUAGGAUUCACCGAAGAGUUCGAUUCAGGCUCUACUUAUUUUACUGCAGGUGGGCGCAAGAACGAACCAUCAAGCGCUGAGAAGUGGCUCUAUGACCCCCCUGGCAGCUUCGGUGGCUACAAUACAAUCAAGAAGAGGGCGGAGGCGUGCGCGUGCUCGUAUGGCGCUCGGGUGGAAGCACGCCUCAAAUGCUCCAUCGAUAGCCUCGAGGAUCCGUCUCCAUAUCGUUUCUCCUUCCGCACGUUCUACAGUCUGCAAGGAGACAUCAACGAGGUCGAAAGAGGGCUGCCUGCCCUGGUUGAGCGUCGAGCGGUCGAACGGCCCUUUGCAGGUAUCGUGAAACCUCUCAUCGACCUCGACUUCGCCAGAAAAGCGUACGAGGAAUGUCGGAGGGGCCACGACGUCUGUCAGGCUCGAUACGAGUCGCUUCUCACCAAUCCCGACUAUAUGCGACUGAUUGACGUUGGAUCGCUCGAAUUGGUCAUGGCGCCGCAGAAAUGCAACUAUGUUACGCUGAGCUACGUUUGGGGCAGCGUGAAUAACUCUGUGGGGGUCUGCAGGGCGAUGGGGAUCCGCUACCUCUGGGUCGAUGAUAUUUGCAUCCUCGAGACCCGAGCAGUAUCGAAAGUUGCGCAGUUCGGCGAUAUGCACAGGAUCUACGGGAACGCCCAGUUUACCAUCAUUGCUGCGCAAGGGACCAAUGCGAAUGAGGGCUUGUACGGCUUCAGGCCGAACACACGACCAGAUUUUGACGAGCAAGUGUCCAGCUCUAUUAACGAGCAGAUUAGCCUCGUAAAAGAGCUGGCGCUACCCGCUCCAAUUCAAAGAAGUACGUGGACGACGCGCGGCUGGUGUCUCCAAGAGCAGUUACUAUCGAAAGCCUUCCUCGUGUUCUGGGACAACCAGGUCUACUGGCAAUGCCCCGGAUCCAUGCACUUUGAAGACAUAUCCCUGGCCACGAAAAGUAUCACGUGUAAAUCGUUCGCAGAAUACGAACAUCUACACCCGUCGCCAUACGUGUCGUCGGCAUACAUAGAGUAUCUUGAUAGGUGGGAAUCACGCACCGAAUCCACAGAGGAAGAGCUGGAUGCCUGCCGCGUUUCCCAGCUGCCCCUGAUCUCAAACAUCUUGAACCCACAUGCGCACGCAGGCCUCAUGGACCGCAACACGGUCAUCCGCGCCAACGGCUCAACGCUCGUUGUGCGUCCGGCUGUUUUCGAAGAGUACACCGUCAUCGUGAGCCGCUACAGCCAGCGUGUUCUUACGCACGACGUCGACGCUCUACGCGCCAUCUCCGGCGUCUUGACUGUUCUGGAGAACGGGUUUCAAUCCGAACUACUGCACGGGCUGCCCGAAAGCCACCUAGACGCCGCGCUUCUAUGGAGGGAGAAAGAGGGGUUGGAGAGGAGGUGCGAGGAUACGCUACCCAGUUGGAGCUGGGCUGGGUGGAAGGGUGAGGUGGCGUAUCAGGAUACUGUCGAGAUCCAGACCAUCCCGGGGCGGUGGACGUUUGAGGAUCCUGUUCGAAAGAUGAUCAAGACACGUGCUAUUAAGGACGACUUGACGACGACGGAGCAUUUUGAACGCCUCCGCCCUUGGGCGCAGUGGGAUACGUCGUGCUCUUCCUCGCUCACGACUGUAGUGGGCGAAGAGUUCAGGUUGGGGGAUAAAAUGCUUCUCAGACUGGAAACGAAGAAGAAAAAGAAGAUCGUAAGUUGGGAGGACGAAGAGGACGAAAAGAACAAAGAGAACGAAGAGAUGAAAAAAGGUUAUCCGUCCUUCCAGAUCAUGGGCAAGGACCGCGUUGCGGGACAUCUGACGCUCGACUCCUCUAUGUGGCUCGAUCGAGACUCCAAGAACUACGAGGGGAUCGCGCUCGUGGUUCUAUCAGAGGCACAGCUCUUCGACGACGUGCAGCUCAAUAUUGAUUGGGACUUUCUUAACGUGAGGGAGGACGCCUUCUACCUCUUCAACGUGAUGCCAGUCAAAUUGGACACGUCCACGAUGGUGGGGACAAGAAUGGGUAUUGGCAAGGUCACCCAGGAUGCUUUCUAUGAAUACGAUGGAUUAGAAUGGGGUGGUCUGGCGCUGCGGUAG